AUGGCCCGCUUUAAAUUCGGUAAAAAGAAAAAAGACGGAUCAAUCGAUCCUAACACUUCAAUCGACGAUGACUCGGCUGCUCUGAUCGAUGCUAGUCAAGAAUUGACUCCAGGUUAUGAUAAUCACUUGCCCACACCUUCACAAGGUGAUGCUUCCGGUCCCGUGUACCAUUCACCAAUAUUGAAAAAAUCACCCUUGGCAGGUGCAACCACAACAUCUUCUCCUCCCCUUGACCCCGAAGGAACUCCAUGGACGAAGUUCAAAUUGAGAAACUCUCCGUUUCCUCGUUAUAGGCACUCGGCUUCUAGUAUCUCAUCAGAGAAAAAUGAGGUGUUUUUAAUGGGGGGUUUGAAAGAAGGCUCUGUGUUUGGUGACACUUGGAAAAUCGUUCCCACCGUAGACCCAUCCACUAACUCCACCAUUGAAUAUACGGCCGAGCCUGUGGUCAUCGCCAAUAACAACAAUCCACCCGCCAGAGUGGGCCACUCGUCAGUGUUGAUUGGAAAUGCCUUUAUCAUCUAUGGAGGUGAUACAGUCGAUACGGACUUCAAUGGUUUUCCCGACAACAACUUUUAUUUGUUCAACAUCAACAACAACAAGUAUACCAUUCCAAGCCAUAUCUUGAACAAGCCCAAUGGUCGUUAUGGUCACACAAUUGGAGUGGUGUCGUUGAAUAACCAGUCUUCUAGAUUGUAUCUUUUCGGAGGUCAAUUGGAAAAUGAUGUGUUCAAUGACUUGUACUACUUUGAAUUGAACACCUUCAAGUCCCCCAAGGCCAGAUGGAAUUUGGUCGAACCAUUGAAUAAUUUUAGGCCUCCUCCUUUGACAAACCACACAAUGUCGGUCUAUAAAAACCAGAUCUACGUAUUUGGUGGGGUGUACAAUAACGAAAAGGUUUCGAACGACUUGUGGUGCUUUGAUAUUGCCAGCUCCAAAUGGACUCAGAUUUCAUCUUCUGGGAACACCCCGUUGCCGGUCAACGAACACUCUGCUUGUAUUAUCCACGAUAAACUUUAUGUUUAUGGAGGGAACGACUUUAGUGGAAUCAUUUACAACUCUUUGUAUGUGUUGGACUUGCACACUUUGGUGUGGUCCAAAUUGAUAUCAAACGGUGAAAUUGAUGGCCCUGGAUCUAGAUGUGGUCAUACCAUGACUUAUCUUCCGGCUUUAAACAAGAUUUUGAUUAUGGGUGGUGACAAGAACGAUUAUGCUUCAAGUGAUCCUAAUGACUUUAAUACUUAUGAGACGAAAGAUCCGGCUGCUGACUUGGACACUAUCAUUUACCAGUUGGACUUGAGUGUUCUUGAUUCUUUCUUGUCUUCCCGGCAAACUGUUGUUAAGGCUACUAAAAAGGCUGCUGCGGCUGCUGGUUUAUCUGAUACUGUUGUUCGUUCUUCAACAACGUCGCCUCUUGGUUCCAACUCGGCCACACCUUUUGGUGGAGUCGCUACUGUUGGAGCUGUUGGAACCGCUGGAGUUGUGGGAGCUGUGGCUGCAACUGGAAUGGGACACUCUAGUUCUCAAGAGGAUGAAGUUAGACAAGGAUUUCAGCGUCAUGCCAGAAGCUUUUCGGCUGGCCCUGAAGAAUUUAGAACCCCGGCUGCUUCUCCAGAAAGACCUAGAGACGUUAUCGAUAAUGGUGAUAAGUUUGUGGAAGUACCAUCGACCGCCAUCUCUGAAAGAGGUGACAUCACCGAAGAUGAUAUUGAUGUUUCAAGAUUUUCGAAUUCUGGCACCAACGACUUCUCGAAUACUAAUGGCCACACCAAGGCCAUUGAAACUGAUAGGUUGGUGAACAGUUCGACACCUAAUUUGGCCAAGAAUGUUGAAAAUGAAAAGGUUAAGCAAUUGGUUGCCGAGCUUACUAGUCAAUUGACAGCUUUAAGGCAAAAUGCCAAGAUUGAGAUGCAAAAUGCUACUGAAAAGAUCAAUGCAUUGGAACACGAAAACACUGCCUUACGUUCUACAAAUGCAGAAGAUUUGAAAUUGCAAUUGCAAGAAAAGGAUGAUGUCAUCAGAGAAUUGAAACAGCAAAUCGAUCCAAAUUUGCUCAAAAUCGAUGAAGAAAAUGAAGAAAGAGAUGUGGCUUCUAAUAUCACCAACAAUUCUAACUCAGUAGGUGAACUUACACGUUACAAGUUGGAAAGAUUGGAAUUAAAUAACAAGUUAAUUUAUUUGACCCAAGAGAAUUCUGUCUUGAACAACAAGAUCCAAGAAUUUGAGCCUUUUAUGAAUAAUCAGGUUGCGCAAUUAUCGGAUUUCCAAAAGAUCAUAGCUAAACAAGAAGAAAAAGUCAAGAUUUUGACACAACAAGUGAGAGAUCAAGAAAUCUUACACAAGGAGAUCAACAACUGGAAAUCCAAGCAUGACAACUUAGAGUUGGAAUACAAUAAUUACAGAUCUAUCCACGAUAACGAUGAUAUUUCAGAUGAUGAGCCUGAACAAGAGGAUGUUCGCAGCAUCAAUGGUGUUGACAGCACGAACAAAUCAAUUUUGAGUAACUCUACCACAAGAAGGAGCAAGAAGGAUAUUUCCAACCAAUUAGAACACUUAGUCAAUGCUUGGAACACUAGAAACAUCUCUUCUGCUUCUACUGACAGGUCUGUCAACAAUGCAGUGGACCCAAUGGUGUUGGAAUUGCAAAAACAAUUGGAUGGUUUAAUGAAGAUCAGCAAGGAACAAGAAGUCACCUCCGCCAGAGAGAUUUCCACUUUGAGAAGCGAGUUGGAUGUCAAGUUGUCAAACUUGAGAACCUAUGAUUCGAACUAUAAAGAUGCAUUGCAAAGUGUCAACAACACUUCAAAAGCCUUGAAAUUAACCCAAGAAGAAUUGAACAACCAAAGGUCUUUGAUGGAGAAAUUGAUUAAAGAAAACAAUGAGUUGAAGCUCUUCAAAAAGGCCAGUAAGAGAACAAGUACCAGAAAUCCCUUACAAUUCCCAAGCCAAGAGAACGUUAAUAUCGCCAACCCAAUUCGUGAAGCAGAAAAUGAGGAAGACGAUGAUGCCCUCGAAAACGCUCAUUAUAAUAUGAAACUCAAAGAUUUAGAAGCUGACUUAUUUAUCUUGAAACAGGAGAGAGAUCAAUUAAAAGAUAACGUUACUUCUCUUCAGAAACAGUUAUAUUUGGCUCAUAAUAGCACAUGA